GAGUCUAAAGAUGGAGAAUUACAGAACCAGCCUAAUUUAAAGUCCUGGAGUGGAAGGUGAGAGAAUGAUCAUUAUAUCAUCAGUAAUGUAUGCACAGCAUUUCGGUCACUUUAGUCCCCUUAAAGGUAGUCAAGCUUCAGUGCAUCCAAAAUUCAGCACCAGGGAGUUCCCUGGUGGCCUAGGAGUUAAGGAUUCAGCUUUGUCACUGCUGUGGCAUGGGGCCAAUCCCUGACCGGGAAACUUCCGCAUGCCAUGGGUGUGGCCAAAAAAAGAAUUCAGCACUAAAAACAUUUGCAUGAACCACUUGACAGUUGAUUACAUUUUUUUGUAGUUCACUUGGAUAGAAAAGUAACAGCAUGUAUGUAGGCUUUGCCAAGAAUAUACUCCUGGUCUAGUUCACUCAAGCCUACAUUCUUGGAGAGUAACCAAAACUUUUUCUUUCAUAUGGAGCUCAAAAGAGUUGGUCUCUUUGUGUACCUUUUUUUUUUUUAAUUCCUUGCAUUGAUGAUUAACACAACUAAAAUAACUCUCCUGUGUUUUGCAGCUUGAGGUCAAGGAUAGGCUGGUCUUUCAUGGGAGGAGGGAAGGCCCAGCUCCCCAAAGGCAUCAAGCAGAAGCAGCUGCAGAGGCUCCCCGCCUCCCCUGAGCUUCCUGUGACAACCUGACCCAGUUGGCCGGAUGUGGUCACCUGUGGCUUGUUCCCCUGUGUUCCCUUGCCAGCUGCAGUCUCUCAGCCCCGGCUGGCUGGCCUGGAGUGCUCCUCAGCUCAGGCUGUGCUCCCCAGGGCCUUUAGAGAGCCAAAAGCUCUAGGGAGGACAGUAGGAGGGGUGUCCAUACUCUUCUUAAUUUAUAGAGCUUUUCUUUUUUCAAUCAAAAGUUCAAAUUGCUAAGGAGGAAAUGCUAUAUUAGAGAAGCAGAAGGGGUGGGGGAGCACACACAUAAGAGGAAAAUUUCUGCAGCCAAAAUAUGCCUGCACCUGAAGGUUGUUAUCAUAAAUGCCAAGAGUAUUAGGACGCUGUUAACGCAGAGGAAGGAGAGCCUUUCAAACCAUCAAAGCCUUCAAGGUCAAUGGCAUCCUCUGGGAAAUCAGGCUGGGGAAGGCUAAAAACAGACAUACAGGGAGACGGUCUGCCGACAAAUUUAUGCCUGGUCGAAUCCUAGGCACCUACGAAUUGCUAAUUCACAGGAAGACCCUGAUAAUUGCUGACCAGGCCUGACAUGCUGCUGGACCCAAGUGACCAGUUAACUAGGUUUGGAAAGGUGACCCAAAAUCUCAGACAUCUGCCUCAGAGUGAACUCUGGGAGUGCGAGGACCAGUGCCAGAUCCUCUGUUGCCUUAUCAUGUACAGCAGAGCUUACAUAUUGCUGCAAAGAGACUUCCAAGAGUUGAAGAGGAACAAUUAUAAGGGUAUUAAUGCCUUUCCUAUCAGUGAAGAUUUGUUGGAAUGGGAAGUUGAUAUUAAAGGUCUGCAGAAUACAAUUUGGCAAGGAUCAUUCUUCCAACUGACAAUAAGUUUUACAUCAGAGUACAAUUUUGUCCCUCCAGUUGUGCGAUUUAGAACGAUUCCUUUUCAUCCAAAUGUAGACCCAUACACUGGCCGGCCUUGUAUAGAUUUUUUGGACAACCCUCGUAAGUGGAAUAGAAACUAUACAUUGAGCAGCAUCUUACUUACCCUCCAGGUUAUGCUUUCUAAUCCAGUGUUAGAAAAUCCGGUGAAUUUGGAAGCAGCCCAAAUAUUGAUGAAAGAUGAAACUCUGUACAGAUUAAUAAUUCUAAGACUUUCCCGCCAGGCAUUAAAAUUGAACAAUGACAGUUCUGAGUCACAUAAAGAGCCAGAUAAACUUAUCAGAUCAAUUAAAUCAGUCUCAUUUAAUGAUUACUUCAAGACAUGGUCUGAAAUAGCCACAUCAAAAGCCACAGAAUGUUACAGAACUCCAUUGCUUGACGAUCCAGAUUUCAUUGGAGAGUAUUAUAAGUGGAAGAAAAAUGAGAUAAGACAUCCCAAAGAAUGGCAUUUAAACAUCAGAAGAAACCCACUGGAUUUCUUCUAAACCUAAGAACAUGAAGAAGUGUCAUCUUUCCCUUUUCAUAUGAACCCAGGUGGGACACAUCUGCUACCUAUUGGCUGCCAAAAAUGGAGAGAGGGCGUGAGCCACGGUGAAGGACUCUCAUAAUACCUCCCCUAUUAUCCUCUGAUUUCCGCCCCCAUUAUCCUUAUCAAAAUAAAACUGAGAAAUGGGCCCGGGGGGGGGGGUCAAACCUCUUUAUAUAUCACCAGUUACCGUUUCAUCCUCUCUUGGUUCCAGAUAUUGUUUCCUCUUUCACAGAUUUCUCACUCAGGAACCAAAUAUAUUGAAUGCGGAAGUAUGCAAUGAAAUAUAAAGAUAAAUUAUUACGAUACCCUUAGAAAUCGUUUAGUCUCAGACCAUAUGAAGGAAGGCACUUUCCUCUCGUCUGUGGUCUCUUGGCUCCUGAAGGCAAUUUUUGGGCUGCGUCAUGUUACAAUGGAGAUUCCAUCUCACCUUUGUGGUACUGACUGUGUUGUGAUCAUUGGGUCCUGGUGCGCUUAUUUCAGAGGAUUCAGUGAAUGAGCUUCCGCAAAGCUAGAGCAGUUAAAGUUCCUAUUUUUUGUAUUUACCUCCUUUGACUUCUUUUUUAGUUCCUUGACUUGUUAGCAGUGUGACCCCCUUUCUAGAGGAAAAUACAGGAUUAAUGUAAUCUGCCAUAUUUUGAAUUUGUGUAAAAAUUAAUGCUCUUGAAAUCGACUUUCCUAGCCUUUAACACUGCAGUUCAGAUUAGAUUUCUUUCUUUUUCUUUCUUUUUUUUUUUUUUUUUGUCUUUUUGCCUUUUCUUGAGCCGCUCCUGCAGCAUAUGGAGGUUCUCAGGCUAGGGGUCCAAUCGGAGCUGUAGCUGCCAGCCUAUGCCAGAGCCACAGCAACACGGGAUCCAAGCUACAUCUGCGACCCACACCACAGCUCACAGCAACGCCAGAUCCUUAACCCACUGAGUGAGGCCAGGGACCAAACCCGCAACCUCAUGGUUCCUAGUCGGAUUCGUUAACCACUGCGCCACGACAGGAACUUCCAGAUUGGGUUUUUCAGUUAGAUAUUCUUUCUUUAGUUGAUUGCUACAACUUUCCUUCAAGCCCACGUGGAGAAAAAGCUUAUGCAUUAGCAACUUUGCUGUUUUCAGAAUAAAUUAUACGCAGUAGUCAAGUUUUUAUUCAGCAGAAUUAGAAGGAGUAAGAGCAAGGUUUUUUCUUGAAGACAUGUUUCAGGUUUUGUUUAGAGUUAAGGAAACCUCCUUAGAAUAAAGGUUAAUUUUGCUUUGACGUGACUUCCUUUUUUGAUUUCUCUUAACAGAACGACUUUAUUUGUUUGAUUAUUGAUUCAUUUUGUAAGGCCAGCAUCCUACAGAACCCAAAGAUGUAGAAAAAGUAGGGACCAUGUCAUUUUCAACUUCUCCACCCACUUCUCCAUAUGGCUGAAAUAAUUGUGAGCUGUGUGAGUCCUAGAACAUUUUCCCAAGUACCUUAUUUUGAAGUUAUGGGUCCAAUUAUCAUGUGCAUGGUGACCCCGUCAGAAUAAAACCCUCACACCUUAUGCCAUCUGGUGGUUGACGAGAAUAUAUUUAGAUCAGAUGAUAUAAAACAUUGAUUUAAGCAUUAUUGAAAUAAAGUGUAAAAAAGAUAUUACCUUUACCUACCUCAUUUUGUUACAGCAUAAAUAUUUGAGCAUGCAAAAGCAAAGUAUAGUAGAAUCAACUUCUUUUCAAAUAGUUAUUAAUGGCCUCAUGUUCAUCGAUAUACAUGAAGCAUAAUAAAGGGGUCAGUUCAUAGACACUCAAGUAGAAAAUGUUGGAGUCUAUGCCAGUGAGUAAUUGAUCUGUGUGUCCCUGCGCUAGAAUACCCUUUGCAUCUCUCUGGUUUUAAUAUUUGGAAAUGCUUCCCUUGCCCUGAAGUUUCCCACGAAAAACAAACAAACAAACAAAACCCCAGAAAAUGCAAAUCAAGAGUCUUUCAUCUGCAGCAAGUUAAGGAAAAAGUGACACAGCUCUCCUGCCUCACGCCCUCCCUCCCACUGUCCCCCCCACCCCCUCAUCAAUCAAGACCCAAUUCUUAAGCCACACUAAAUUCUAUUUCCCCCCCCACUAUUGUUUGGGACAUAAGACCUUUUCACCACUUUGUGCCUUUUGCCUGGGCUAUCUUUCCCAGCAGGGUCUUUGUUGGUGGUCUCAAGUUAGGAUUCGGUCUCAGUUGAAAGGUGGCAUUGGGCGGGGUGGGGGGGGGUCGCGGGUUGAAGCACAGGGAUGUGAGGAGCCAGACUCUUUGGAUCUGAAUCCUGGCUCUGCUGGUUUCCAACUCUGGACCUCCAGAGUGUUAUCUGACUGCUUGGUCUCUCGGUUUCCUUAUCUGUUAAAUGGCCCUAAUAACUCUACUGACCUCCCAAGGAGAUCGUGAGGAUUACACAUGCUGACACAUACACGGAAAAUGCCUCAACCAGUACGUAUCUGGUAGUAGGAAGUCCUCAGGGUUCCUAUUAUUCGUGCUUUUCCUCCUGGGGCCCUCAUUCAGUUCUCCUGUGGAAAGUCUUUCUUUGGAGGCAGCAGGGGGAAAGGGAGUGUGGGCUUGAGCGUCUGAUCUUGAGAGAUUCUGAUCCACUCUGCCCUUGCUUCCUCAUCUGUUCAAUGGAGGGAUUUCCUACCUUGCAAAGUUGUUUUGCAUAUGAUCUCUUGAAUGAUCUUAGAUAUAAAACCCACAUAGUGUUGGCAUGUGGAUAGUCAAUAAAUACUAGUUCCUGAGGAGAGAGGGGCAGAAAAAAGCCUGUGUCCCCUAACUUUUCAGAAAAUGAAAAUAGUCAGAAACAGGUUAAAAAAGGUAAGAUUGUCUCAGUCUAGAAACCUGAAAAUAAUACCUGUCCCAACCACGUUUAUCUUAGCCACACUAUGCCCAUGGUUCUUUUCCCUUCUCUCAUCUCUUGAGCCUGGCAAAGCGCAUCACAAAGAUGGCAUGGAGGUCCAGCUCAAAUGUGUGUUUUAUGGAAUGGUCCCUGAUUCGGGCUCCCACGUCCCCCCAUCCCAUCCUUCCUAUCCCUCUCUUCCUGUCUCUCUCAGCACCUGCAGUUCAGAAAUUCAUCUGCCAAGAGUGACUAAGGCAGGACAUUCUUGUAGCUUUAGAAUCACUGCAUUCAGCCGGGUCCCCGGCAACUAGUAGACACUCAGUUAGUGUUUGUUGCAUCCUCACCCGUUUCCCCACUUAAUCACAGGAUUACAUGUGAAGGCAAUUAAUUCUAAGAGAAGUAAAAUGUAAGUGCUGACUUCUUUUAAGGCCCAUUCUAAUGCAGAGAUAGAUUAUGGUCCUAUUUUGGGUAUUCUAAGCGUAUCGUCAGAGAACAGUGAUUGAAAACUGGAAUUAGAAAUGGCCCUCAUGAAUAUAUUAUGCAAAUUCUUAAGUUUUACACAUGUUUUUAGUUAGUAUUAAUAGGAAUUCAUUGUCAUUAUAAGCAGCUCAUAAAUAUUCAUGACCUGAUUGGCCUUCAUUUCUAAAGCCUUUUUUUUUUUUUUUUCCUUCCAAGUCCCUUGCCAGUCUUUUGGCUAGUCCUACAAAUGGUUUCUUUCUACCAAAACAUGGGAAAGAAUAUGAAUCUAGCAUCUAAGCAGUAGUUCAUAUUUACAGUUCUAUGGAGAAAGUGAAAGUUGCAAAAUAAAGCAGGGCAAGCUGUUCCUCUGACUAUUCUUACUUUAGUGCAUGUAACACUGCUUUUCCUAUUCUAGAUCUAGUGACUCCUUAUGUGACCACGGAAAGAACUAUUCCAGUCAUCUAAGCUUUGUCAGCCAGCAAGUUCUCUAAAUAAAAGUUAUCAAUUCUGGAGUUCCCGUCAUGGCUCGGUGGUUAACGAAUCCGACUAGGAACCAUGAGCUUGGGGGUUCGAUCCCUGGCCUUGCUCAGUGGG